AUAUAUAUAUAUACACUCGCCUCGUUUUCUGAUAUUUCUCUGCCUUGCUUUUAUCGAGACAGAUGCAAAGAGAGCCCAUAAACAACAAAACAAGAAUCCAAACAAAAACAAGAACAUUUUCUUUCUUUCUUUCUUCUUCUUCAUCGAAUAUCUCUUAGAACGGAAGGAUAAUCUCGAUGGCGACGCAGCCAAGGAAAAAACAGAGAUCGUCGUCGCCGGAGAAAAACGCGACCAACAUGUUCGACGGCUUGCCUGACGAUCUCGUUGUCUGUGUUCUCUGCAAGCUUUGUUCCUCCGCCUCUUCUCCCUCCGAUUUCAUCAGCGCUCUCAUCACAUGCAAACGAUUGAAUCGAUUGGGUCUGCAUCCUCUUGUUUUGUCGAGGGCUGGACCGGAAACCCUCGCCGUCACGGCGAAGAAAUGGUCGGAAUCUUCUCACCGGUUCCUCAAACUCUGCGUUAACUCCGGCAAUAUCGACGCUUGUUACUCUCUCGGCAUGAUCCGGUUCUACUGUCUCCAAAACCGAACAAGCGGAGCAUCUCUAAUGGCGAAGGCGGCGAUUAAGUCCCACGCGCCCGCUCUGUACUCGCUCGCAGUGAUCCAGUUCAACGGAAGCGGAGGCUCGAAGACCGACAAGAACCUACGCGCCGGAGUCGCGUUGUGCGCACGCGCAGCCAUGCUCGGCCACGUGGACGCCCUCCGGGAGCUCGGUUACUGCCUCCAGGACGGCUACGGCGUCCCGCGCGACGCCCCAGAGGGUCGCCGCCUCCUGAUUCAAGCCAACGCGCGUGAGCUCGCGUGUUCCGUACGCUCCUUCCUCGACCGCGAAGCCGUGGAGGGCGGGUGUCGCCGUUUAACUCCGAGUCGUGUUCACCCUGUGAAUCGGUUCCUCAGGGAGUGGUUCGGGUCCGAGUCCGAGUCGGGUUCGGGCCGGGUGGGGUUGACGGAGGGGUUGAGGGUGUGCUCUCACGACGGGUGUGGCAGGCCGGAGACUCGGGCCCACGAGUUCCGGCGAUGCUCGGUGUGUGGGAAAGUGAAUUACUGCUCGCGUGGAUGCCAAGCGCUCGACUGGCGAGUGAAGCACAAGCUGGAGUGUUUGCCGGUGGAUUUGUGGGCCGGCGGCGGAGAUCCGGGGGCGAACGAGAACGACGGCGGCCGGUGACGGAGCUCUGUUUGCGUAGAUCUGGAAAUGUGUUUUGGUUUCAGGCCAAAUAAUAAAGAAAAUAGUAAUGGAGAUUUGUAGUGGUUAAGACAUUACACGCAAUGGUUUAACAUUCCGUUUUGGUCUCGUACCAAGGGAAUAUUGCCGGAGAUAAGAUUCUUUGCAAAGAUUCUUUUAA